AACCGUCAGGCGUACUCGCGACGUCUUGUCCGGUAGCAACAUGUCGGGAAGGAGAGGACUCAGCGGAGGAACUGCGCCUGUGAAAUACACGCCUGAGACAUAAACGGCACGACAGACUGUCAGCAAGAAACUGUGGCUUUUUUAUGCGAAGUUGGAGCCACUGCUGGAGCCGCGCUACUAAUUCACAGAAGCGGGCCAGUCGGGGUCAAAUGGACGGAUAAAAACAGGCAACAACCAGGGGGGCUUGAUCCGAAGAACGUAGCCUCACAGGAGGGUGGUCGGGCCGGUGUGUGUGAGAGAGAGACGGGGGCAGCGUGUGCGGGCUCAACUCGAGACGGGGUUUCUCCUUGCUAGGGAAUGUUAUCCGUACUGUCUUAUGGCAGACUGGUAGCCAGGGCUGUCCUGGGCGGACUCUCUCAGACGGACGGCCGGGACUACAGCCUGAUCACCGCCAGUUAUGGCUUCGGUAAAGACUUUCGCAAGGGGAUCCUGAAGAAAGGGAUGUGCUAUGGAGAUGACGCCUGCUUCAUAGCGCGGCACAGGACCGCCGAUGUUUUGGGUGUAGCAGAUGGCGUGGGUGGUUGGCGGGACUACGGCGUCGACCCAUCUCAGUUCUCCGCCACCUUAAUGAGGACCUGUGAGCGGCUGGUGAAGGAGGGCCGCUUCACUCCCACCAACCCAGUGGGCAUCCUGACCUCUGGCUACUACGAGCUCUUACAGAACAAGGUUCCCCUCCUAGGGAGCAGCACAGCCUGUAUAGUGGUUCUGGAUCGACGGAGUCACCAGCUACACACGUGUAACCUCGGUGACUCAGGCUUCCUGGUGGUACGGGGCGGAGAGGUGGUGCAUCGCUCAGAUGAGCAGCAGCACUACUUCAACACACCCUUCCAGCUGUCCAUCGCCCCUCCGGGAUCUGAGGGGGUGGUGCUUAGUGACAGUCCCGAGGCGGCCGACAGUUCCUCUUUUGACGUGCAGCUCGGCGACAUCAUCUUAACGGCAACAGACGGGCUCUUUGACAACAUGCCCGACUACAUGAUUCUUCAGGAGCUCAAAAAACUCAAGACUACCAACUAUGACAGCAUCCUGCAGACUGCACAGAGCAUUGCAAAGCAGGCUCAUGAUCUUGCCUACGACCCCAACUACAUGUCCCCUUUUGCACAGUUUGCCUGUGACAAUGGCCUGAAUGUAAGAGGAGGGAAGCCAGACGAUAUCACGGUGCUGCUGUCCAUUGUGGCCGAAUAUACAGACUAAACGCGUUUGUGUGUGUGUGUGUGUGUGAGAGAGAGAUAGAAAGGGAGAGUGCUUCUCUGGGGCUGAUCCUUCCUUGCCGUCUGCCUGAGUCUUCCACCUGCAGCCUUCCCAAAAUGCACUGCGCCCCGUGGGCUGACAGGGGAGGCCCCGCCGCCACGAUGCACACUCCUCACAGCGCGGCCGAUAUCCACCCAUGUAACGUUUUCGUUUUCUCUCCUUCCGCCAUUUUGUUUUUGGUGCUUGAGCGGUGUUGGGUGUGGCAGGCAGCUAGGGCCUUUUCAUGUUGAUCAUGAUGCAGCAGGAGCCGAGAACAGCGGGAUGGCGGAUAGCGUUCAGCCUACCGCGUCUCAUCGCGUGGCAUCAAUGUUUUUCUCGGUGAUGGGACUAAGUCCUCUGGAUUAACCGAGGGCUUUAAAAUCUUGUAGCCUUCGCAUUUAAAAAAAAAUAAUAAUAAUAAUAAAAAAAGUGAUAUUAUAAGGAAUAAGCCAUGGGGUUUGGAUUCUUUAGCAAGUAGUGAUUGUGUUUUUAACCUGGCUGUCCGUCUCCGUUGUUUAUCCGUUCCAUGUUGUAAUAAAUGUGUGUGAACAAAGCGUAUAAUCACGACUGAGGAAGCAGAUGUCGGGAAAGUUAUAGGAGAAUGAAAUGUGAGAGUCGGGUUUUAAUGUUAAGGAAUGUGAACGAAGGUGGUGUACUCCGCGCGGAUAAGAGAAAUCCGCAAAGAAACACUAGACGAAGAAGAAGAAGAAAGCUUCCACGCGAAGGUUAAUCAGGUUUUGUCGCUUGGCUGAGGGAACUGCACAUCCUGAUGAGUUGUAAAUAUUUUUGUGUUUUUAGGCGCGCGCUCUGGCCUUCCCGAGCUAUUUGGUUGUGGAGGAUACACACAUGCAUUCAUGGAUAUAUUUUCUUGUAUAGAUAUUAAUCUUGAAGUGAGCUCCAUCAGUCCCACACUUCCACUUGCUUAAAUGAACAAGAUGAUGUAGUUGUGUGGUAGGAAUGUUAUUAAAAGUGUGUGUGUGUAUGUGUGUGUGUGUGUGUGUGGUAUACAUGUGAGAAUCUGGAAUGUGUGUUCUAUUUAAUGUAUGUAAUAUUUGUUAUCUUAUUAAGCUAAAGCUAGCAUCUGGGAAUGCGCACGGUUGUAUGAUAGGUCAGGAAUCAAUUUAAAGGAAAAGAUGUAUUUUUUUAACAUUAUUUUUGUUUUAAAAGUAAACCGAUUGACGUGCGACAAAUGACUAAAAGAAUCAAAUGUGCGUUGGCGUGAGUGUGUUUCAGACUCAGUUUUUAUUUCACAGUCCACAGUUUGCUGCUUGUGUUUUGUGACUGAGGUGUCGGGGUACGACGCGACGUACGUGGUUUUUCAUGAGUGCGAUGAGCGUUGUGUUUAAAACGUGUGCUGGAUUUCACCAAAUUACAUUAUUCAAAGACACUGAUGAUACUGUUCCGCUCAAGAUAGUCUGUCCCUUUGUCUAACGGCUCGGCCCAGUGGCUCAGACAAAGUCUUUACAGUUUAAAAGCACGUGCACCAAAGACACAUAUUUUCUUUGUGUAUAUGAUUAUGCUUCAGCAUCAAACAGCAAUACUGUAAGUUCCUUGUGCUCAGAGUUGUGUGCGAUGACCAGAAGUGCUGGUGGAAGGUGAUAUUAAAAUGUAUUUUAUACGCCUAAAGUUGCGUGAGAACAAAAGUUGUAUCAUAUUCCUGGUUUAAGUUAUAUGUGACUGGUUAUCUGUAAGUAUGAGGCAGAUUUAAAAAAUAAAUAAAUAAAAUAAAAUAAAAGGAAAGCCAUAUAUUAAAACAUCGUUAGGUUCUGUGAGCCCCACUGUAAAGGCGACGCUGUGAUGGCGGAGACCAAUAUUGUCACUGUGUUGCAACAAUCAUGGUAGAAAGCAAACAGUUCGUACGUGCGAUGGGGCUGCAUCAGUACAACUGCUGAAAAACUUUGUCCUGCAGUGACAUCUUCCAUGAGUUCAAAUUAGAUUUGAAAAUUACAUUUUCUUAAUAUUCAUAAAUGGAGACAUUUUUUUUUCUAAAAAAAAAAAAAAAUUAUAGGUCCCGCUUUCUGCCUCGUUCUUUUCGCAUGGUUUGUAGCUUAGCCACAUUUCCGCAAAAUGUAAUUUCUCACUGUUGUAGUUUGUUCGUAUCCGUCCUUGCUGGUUUAUGUACAAAAAAAAAACUAUUUGACAGAGAGAUGUUGUCGGUAUGAACUUACAGAGAGGGAGUGAGCACAGAUUCAGCCUUAAUAGCUAGACCUGUAAUCAAGAGGCCUUUCCUGUCAUUGCAAGCUUGUCUCGUCCCCUUCGUGUCGCCCUGUGUUUGAUGUAAAUGAAGCGUGCCCCCCGUCUUUCUCUCCUGCAAAGCCGUUCUCAAAGGUGCUUCUGCAGUCUGGUGGUACGAUUGUCCUCUUUACAGAACGUGUAUGAAACACACACCUAUGUCCACAGUGUAACAAUGCAGGUCUAAUUCAUGUAAAUAUGUUUUAAAAAAUGUACAAUAUUUAAAUAAAGAAUCUAGUAUUUAUACUAAA